GGACGAAAAAGAAGGACGAAAAAGGCGGCGGAAACCGCGCCGGCGGCGGCGGUGGCGGCAAAGGCAGGCCUCCCGAGAGAAGCCACGGCCGCCCGAAGCCACCGAGGGGGAAGAAAAGCCGGCUACGGGCCGCCGGGAAGGCGGGAGCGGAACCGGAAACGGAGGAGAGGAAGGGGCGGGGCCAGCGGGAGAGGCGGCGACAGCAGCGGCGGCGGCGGCGGCGGGAGCAGCGCGCGCGCCUGCCUGGAUCCUGGUCGCGAGGAGGAGGCGGCGGAGGAGGAUGUGGCGCGCGGAGGGGAAAUGGCCGCCGAAAACAAGCCGGAAGAUGAUCAUGGGAACAGCAACGGAAGUCAUGUAAAAAUCUUUUUACCGAAAAAGCUCCUUGAAUGUCUACCAAAAUGUUCCAGUUUACCAAAAGAGAGACACCGUUGGAACACAAAUGAGAGAUCUUGACGCAGCCGCCAUUUUGGAAUUCUUUUUAAUAAUGUGACCCUUCACCUUUGAUCCCCUGACCUGCAUUAUCUUGGUAACCAUUUCAUUUUUUUAAUUUAAUUUUUCAUUAUUAUUAUUAUUAUUUUUUGUUUAAAUUUUUUAUUUAUUUAUUUUGGUUUGGUGUGUAAGCUUUGUAACAUUUCACCUUCUUAAAUUGUAACAUUUCUUUGACUUCCCUAAAUAUAAAUACUCUUGUUUUGCCUGUAAAUGUUGUAAAUGUCUCAUUUUCCUUUGAUUAAAAUUCAUUUCAGUUUUUUUAAAAAAAGAUACAAGUUCUCAUUGUUUUUAUUUUGAUGUUUAACAAUGUGCAAGCUUUUAUCCGUUGUGUUACUUUUGUUUUCUAGCCAUGUGUUUCCAAAACAUUUAUAAACUAACAGUCACUUUAUUAAAAGAGU